CUCUCUCUCCCUCUCUCUCUCUCUCUACAUAUAUACAUAUAUAUAUCUAUAUCUAUCUCUCUCUCUCUCUAUAGAUACAUAAUAAUACAUGUCUCUCUCUCUUUCUCUGUCUAAAAGACACACAUUUGCAUGGUUUUCAUGCUCCAAAUCAGAUUGUAAUUCAUGGGUGUGAUCUCUCUCUGCAAUCACAUGACUGUAAUUCUAAUCACUUGCUUUUUUAGGCAUAAGCCCCAUCUCCCAAUGAUUAUCUAACUUUGACCACUACCCAAAAUAAAAAGAGAGUCAAAACAGGAAGUUCAAAAAGGCAAAUGGAGGGUGGAGUGGUGUUUGAAGCUUUGCUCCAAAACCAAAGGCUCACUUUUUCUUCAGAUGGGUUUGAUUCUCCAUGGAUUUCCAACUCCUUUCAGGGAGAGAAGACGAAUACGAAAAAACGGCUUUCCGAACAAGAGGAGAACUCCGAUGAGGACUACGAAAAGUGUUUCCGGCCAACGGAGAAGAAAAGGCGAUUAUCGGUGGAUCAAGUUCAAUUUCUUGAAAGGAGUUUUGAGGAGGAAAAUAAGCUUGAGCCGGAUAGGAAAAUUCAGCUCGCAAAAGAGCUUAAUUUGCAGCCAAGGCAGGUUGCAAUCUGGUUUCAAAAUCGUCGAGCACGUUGCAAGACGAAACAGCUCGAGAAAGACUACGAGAUCUUGAAUUCAAGCUACGACAAACUCAAAUCGGAAUUCGAUUGCCUCCAAAAACACAAUGACAAAUUAAAACACGAGGUUGAAAUGCUCAAGGAAAAGUUGCAUCAAAGGGAGAAAGGGGAAAAAGAUUCAAUCCCAAAUGAAUUCCCCACAGAAGAAUUGGAUUCAAAUGCUCAGGAACCAAAACCACAUCCGAUUUCAAUCGAAAAUUGGAGCAAUAAUGAACCAAAAAUGGUGAUCUGCAAGCAAGAAUAUGCGAAUUCGGUUUCCGCAAAAAGCGACGUGAUCGAUUCUUACAGCCCAGAUGUGAACCAUUCUUCAUUUCUAGAGCCUUGUGAUUCUUCGAACGUCUUCGAAAACCAAUCCGAUUUCAACCAAGAAGAAGAUAACUUGACCAUUCUUCGGUGUCCAAAGAUCGAGUACGAAUCAUAUAUUGACCCGAAUGAGGGUUCUUUAGGAUACCCUAUUGAAGAUCAACCGUUUUGGCUUUGGCCUUAAACUUUGAAGGUUUUUGAUCAACCCUUUUUGGAUUUGGCCUUAAACUUUGAAGAGUUUCAAUUUGAUCAAGAUUCUGAAUGAGGGUUCGUUAGGGUAGCCUUAGAUCAACCUCUUUGGGUAGUUGCCACAAGGGUUUAUGAUCAAGAUUCCCAAUUGGUGUCUGUGGAGUACCCUUUUCAAAUCAUCCUUUUGGUUUUGACCAUACAACUUUUUCUGUAUUUGUAAUCAAGGUUUCAUCACAUUUGUAGGCUUUGAUCAAUUUUCAAGUAGGAUACUGUGGUUGUAUCUAGAUUCUAGAAAUAGAUGUCAAUAAAAACAUGUCCCUUUUUUCAUCUUUUU